UUAUGUAGGUUUGGGGGGCAUUUUGGAGACCAACUUAGAAUUUGACCUUGUUUGACCUUUUGGACCCGAAGAUCGUGACCUAGGAGCCUUAAACUCUGACCAGGGUGAGUUCACAUACAGGUCAACACACCCUAAAAAUUUGGUGUUUCUAGCUCUAUUAGUUCCCGAGAUUUUCAGGGGGCCAAAUUCACCCACCCACCCAAGCGAAGGGUAUCCAGCCGGCCACCCGGGCGCGUGUUAAGCGGAGCGAAAAGGAAAGGGACAAGUGGGAUGAAUUCAAGUAAAAAGGACAAAAGUCAAAUGUAAGAGUCUAAUGAGCAGUCGCCAAAAUGUAUCACGGUCAAGGGGCUCCUGUAGAGCUUAGAGCGAAGAAGUUGAAAUUACCCUCCGCCGACCACGAAUAUGUAUGUAUCCAAUGUUGCUUCCUUAACGUUGUGUAACCAGUGUGCUCUGAUAUGUUGAGGGUCGAUAACUUAACAUAAGUACUCUGAACUCGUAAUGCCGAAAAACCGGGAAAUGAAGCGGUCCUUGGUUAUAUCCAAAACCAUCAUCAUUGCUUUGGUUUUGCAAGGUAGCUAGUCAGACAUUGAUUAUUGACUGUGCAAAUUUCGCCCACCAAAGCAAACGAACCACGACGCAGAGUUCGGCAAAAGCCAGAACGAUCUUGUAACGGAUUAGAGUGCAACUAUGUGGUGACUAUUUGACAUGCUACACUUAUUGCCGUGAUAUGUAUCCAAAAAUCAGCACUGCACCAUCCAUGUCCAGCUGUACAAUCUGUUUCUCCGGUCGAACGUCGCUCACACUGAAUUAAUCGAGACAUCUGGACAGCCAAAGCUAGCCCGUGCGUCCCGUUGACAGAUUGCUGUGGUGGUUGUUGGGCUUAGGGGCUUGUCGUCCAUCGAUGUGCAGAUUUCCCCAAAGAUGGCAGAUACGGUCCUUGAGCGCAGAUUACUGCCCGGGCCGCGCUCAGUCCAGGCAUGUGGCGCUCAUAUCUCACCAUAUUUGUCGAGGCGCGUAAACAUGUGUCGCUAAACCACGAUUGGACCAUCAGCCGGUCCUGUCGUUCCGGGGAGCCGAUAACGACGUCGGUAUCGAGCGGUCCGGGGCCGGAGCCUCACGCGCGUUGUCGCGCGGGUCAUGUAUCGAGCCGGCGCCACUUUCAGUCGUAACGACGUUGGGCGCGUGAGUGAGCGCGCGCCGCGCCGGCCCCGCCGCCGUCCGCCGCCGCCGGCCAUGCUGAGGUACAGCGUCAUCGAGCGGCUGACGCAGACGUCCAGCGUCAUCCAGCAGUACAUGAAACGGCGCUCCGAUGAUGACGCCGGCGCGCGCAAGAUUCGCCUGCUGAGCGUGCACGAGGUGGCCGACGUGCACAAGGAGCCGGGCAUCAUCAGCGGCUACGUGCCGCACGGGUCGCCCUGGGUCUGCGUGCGCGGCCUCUUCCUGGCCACCAACGAGACCAUCAACUUUUGGACGCACUUCCUGCCGUCGCUCUACUUCAUCUGGAAGCUGGCUGAACUACGGCACUCGCUCGACUUCUCCGACUCGUACACCUGGCCCUACAUCUGCUACAUGCUGACCACCUGCGUGUACCCGUUCGUCUCGUGUGUGGCGCACGCCUUCAGCUCCAUGUCCGUCAGGGCGGCCCACGUCGGCUUCUUCAUCGACUACGCUGCCAUCAGCAUCUUCAGCUACGGUGUGGGCGUGUUGUACCGCAGCUACUGCUUUCCGAAGGACCUCCUGGGCACCGUCUAUAGCGACUACUUCAUCCACGUCUGCUUCGUCAACACGAUCGUCUGCACGUUCCUGGCGUGUCGGUCGCGCUUCCUGCAGCGCAGCUUCUGGCAGAAGCGGACGCGGUUGCUGGCGUUCCUGGUGCCCUACGCCUGGGACAAUGUGCCCCUGCUGUACCGGCUGCUGACCUGCGCCGAGACUCGGCCGUGGACGCCGUGUCGGCCUUCGGACGCGCUCCACCUGCGCCAGGUGGCCGCUUCCAUGCUCGGCUCCUUCUUCUACGGCACGCACCUGCCGGAGCGCAUGGCGCCCGGCACGUUCGACAUCAUCGGACACUCGCACAACUUCCUGCACAUCCUCGGCAUCGUGGCCACCAACGAGCAGAUGAACGGCGCCCGGCUGGACAUGGAUGAGGCGCGCGCGCCGCACCACCCGGACGGCGUCGACCUCGACCUUUGGGCCACUUGGGGCGGCCUGCUGGCCGUCGCCAUCAACAUGCUGAUUGUGGCCGUCUCCGUGGUGGCCAUGAGCCGCAAGCUCGGCCGCGAGAAGAACUUCUGAUAACGCCACCUGUUGACAAAACAGGAUAAUUCAGCUUGGGACCGUUUCCGACGUUAACGUCAUCAAUCUUGCGAUGCUUUUGGAUGAAAUGUCUUUGGGUUGCCGAGUGGGUAAGUGAUCAUGAGCGCUGCAUUUGAAAUUAUACCCUCACGUGUUCGUACAGCUCGGAGACGCGUGGCGUCGCAUCGUCGUCGUGUCAACGUAAGUGCCUUAGCGUGCCGCUGCAGGGAAUGGGUUCGUUUGACAUCCGCAACGGUCAGUAUCAGACCAGUUAGUUUGUGUGCAGCAUGUUGUUCAGUCCUUACCGUACAUAGGCCGUGCGAUGAGUGACAGGUAGUCUGGUAACAGGGUAACGAUUGAUUUUUUAAGGAAUUAAUUUUUGAAACCCUUUUCAAAUAAUUUUGACUCCCUUUCAUGUAUUUGCAUUUCUCUUCCACUUUGUGGUGACUGCUUUCUCCACAAACAGUGAUGUGUUGGAGAGAAUGUAGUUCAUAGACCAUCACAUGCAACAAGCCGUGAUAUAAUCUGAGUGAUCAGGCAACUUAUAGCUACCCAUUGCGCAAUAUUGCAUGACUAGAAGCAGAUUAGAAGAUUAGCAGUUGUUUGGUAUCACAUGAUUGUAAGCAAGCUGAUAAUGUCUACGUAUUUGACGAUGGAGUGCUGGUGAAGAACACGUCGUUGGUGUUCGCAGUCACGAUAGUGCUACACGACGAAAGAUUGUUUUUAGAUGAACAGCCAUCGCUGUUUCAACCAAGCCUUUGCCACGCUCUUACCGUUCUCGCAUAUCAUUUUGUGUUGCCGCCUGUGGGUGCUACUGCCGUUUGUUUUUCCGCUGUGGGGCGCAGCUAGCCUGUGGCAGCCAGAAAUCUUAAACGCAGCGUGAGCCUGCGUUCCUCCGAGCAGGGAAUCGGUCGUUAUCUCUACGUUACCGGGUGAUAUUGCGGCGGUGACCUUGGCCGAAGCGUGACGCGGUGGUGUGAGCGCGGGCGGGCGCCACGGGGUGACGGCGGUGCGGUGGCCCGCCCUGGGAGCGACUCUGGUGACGGCGGUGCGGUGGCCCGUUCAGAUGGCGACUCUGGUGACGGCGGUGCGCUGGCCCGCUCUGAUGGCGACUGGCGACGGCGGUCAGACGCAGCCAGCGCCUGACAGGCAGGUGGUUGGCCGUAAUCCCUGUAAACGGCCGCCUCGUUCCAUGUGGCGGUUUCAGGGCGCAUCUUCGCUUGCUACCUGUCCGCUUGCUAGUCCUCCACAGCCCGUGAACUGUGCGGACCGAUGUCCUCUGCAACCCUGCUCUUCCCGCAACUCGGCACGCUGGCUGCUGCUUGCAAAAAACUGUGCUGUGAUGUUAUUCUUCUACGUGCUCUGCUGCUGGCUUGCGCAUAGAAACCGGUAAUGGCUAUAGCUUGUUACAGUUCAGAAGUUUUGUACUGUAGAAUAGGCCGUGUUAUGUCGGGACGGGUGGAUUAGAUAAAGACGCGCCAUGCGUUCACGGUGUCGCUGGAAUCACAUUGGGCGUGGAGUCGUCGCGAAACGGUCUGAGCGAGGGGUUGAAAGUUACUUGAAAAUGUUUGCGGACGGUUGUCGACAAACCAGGACGCACUGUUCCUCUGCGUUUGUCUUCUGUGCUUUGCAUGCGCGCGUCCUUUACACGUGCCCUUCAGAACGUGCGAUGUGCGACUGUCCACGCUGUUGAGACGGCCUCGGCGCCGCCUCGACCUCGCUUGACCCGAAUAAUCCUCGUCGGCGACCGCUGAGCGCUCCGGCGUGGGGUGCGAGGCUGUGGCGAAACUCUGGCAUGCCGCUUGUGUUGCAUGUCGGAUACUUCCCGCUCUCGUCUGGUUUCCCGCAGACCUCCGCCUUUUUCGAGCGCGCUGCCUGCACUGCGUCCUUGUCCUGUCACGUGGUCGAGUUUUGCACACUACCUCCGGACUCCGUCAAGCAGCAGCGAUUGUUCGGCGCAGCACCGGGAACGGCAGGUUGCGCGCGACUGUUCCUGUCGGCGGGCUUGUACGGCGACUGCCGCGUUGCUGGCAUACCUGUGAUACUUUGGAUAGUCGUUUUUAGCGCGGGUGCUCGAAGCCCCAGCGUGCUGUUGAGCUGCGGGGCUGCACGCGAGAUAACUACGCAUGGGACCGAAGCUUACUUUUAGCACUGUGCAAGCAAUUGCACGAACGGCCAGGGUAUCGAGUGUUCGCUUUUCGUGCGCCACGGUACUGUUCAGUGAAAUAAAC